AUGAAAGCCAAUAAAAUAUUGUCUCUGCUAGGCACAGACUUUCUGACCGUUUCGGAAACAGAAUUUAUAUAUGGCCCUUCUGGACGAUUCCUUCUACGAAAUGUCGAAGACGUUUGGUGGAAAUAUUGUGUUGUAUCAGAAAAAUACAACGUUUAUCCAACUCAGAUUUCUCAAGUCUCGAGAACCCUACGAUAUCUCAGGGACUCGAGAUGUGACGGACUACCGUUCGGUCUAGCAUCAAUAGAAACAACUGAAAAUGACCAAAGACAAAGCAAAAUGCUUGACCUUCCGCUGCCUCCUUUAUGCACAAGAAUGAGUGUAAUGACGUUCGGUGAGAAAACUUCGGCCAAAGAUUUAUUCUACAGGAAACAGAGAGAGCGCAAGGCUUGGUGGCGCAAGUUCAGCAAUAAUCCAUCCCGAUUUGUAACUACAAAUUCUGAAAAAAAUGAAAAUCGUGAAGUUAUGAGUAUUCAAGCUCAUUUGCCAUCUCAAGAUUUAAGUGUUGAAGUUGUAUCAUUUGGCAAAGUGGAAUGUUAUUUGCAGAACUGUCAGAGCGGCAGUAUCAGUGAGGCGUACAUCGUUGAGCACACAACAUCUCUAGAGCUUGCUGUUUUAACACUUUUAUGUGACGGGUACGCGGAGGAUAAGAAAUCAUUACAUCUUCACCCAAAACUUGCUCCAUACAAAGCAUUAAUUAUGCCAGACAAUACUGGCAAUGAAGAGUUACUUCAGCUUGUCGUGUACCUCAAUAAUCAAUUGAAGGCGGAGAGUCUAAACACAAUUGUUUCUUCAACUAGCAAUGAUGUGCAUGUUCUUCAAGUUCCAUACAUGAUCUUAGUAGAUAAUGACAGUCUUAGAAGUGGUAUUGUUCAAGUAACAAAUCAGUUGACUACUAUCAGUGAAAGAGUGCACAUAACUGAUUUAGUCAAGAACAUUGCCGCAUGUUGCACUUGAAUGAUGAGCGAUAAUGUUUGUAAAUGAACAAUGUACUUGGAAAUAAUAAUAGAAAUAAUGAUAACGAUGAUGAUGAUAAUAAUAAUACCACAUAGUUCCAGCUGGGGGUGGUCACACAGGAGGUGGCGGUUUAGUGGGUAGGCCAAUCGGGAGUCGCACAUGAAUGCCAGCCCAUACGACUGGCGCGAUUGUGUCACUUGGAUUCCGUAACUUCACAGAUAAAAAAAAAAAACCAAAAAAAAAAAUCGAUAUUGAUGGUGAUAGCAAUAAUAAUGAUAAUAAUAAUAAUAAUAAUAA